AUGGCUACCUCCAGGCCUACCUCAACCUCGACCUGGUCCAGGCUUGCACUCGCCUUGUCCGCCUCAUUCAUCCCCCUCCCAGCUUACGCUCAGCUUUACGAUAAAGUAAUCCAGACCGAGUACGGCCCUGUCAAGGGCUUCAAAUACUUCAACAAGUCGACCCUGGAGAAAAAUUGGGGGAGUUCCGCUGACGGCAGCAACGUUGCAGCCUUUCUCUCCAUCCCCUUUGCCGCCGACACUGCGUACGAGAACCGCUGGAAACCGCCUCAACCGCGCGAGCCCUGGAAUGAGACCCUCGUCGCGGAUACCUGGGGCCCUGGCUGCCCGACCUCUUACGCAACGGACUACAGCGAGGACUGUCUCACUGUGAACAUCUGGACGGGCGCGAAUUCCUCGUCUGACAGACUGCCCGUCAUGAUCUACAAUCAGGGCAGUGACGAGCCGAGCAACAGCGCUGUUUACUAUGGCGGUGGCGUGGCGCGGAAAGGCGUUGUCGCUGUGACAUUCAACCGCCGUGACGAUGUCUUUGGGUACCUGGCGCACCCCGAAUUGAAUGCCGAGUCGGAGAAAGAAAAUGGCCACAGCUCGUCAGGCAACUACGGAAUCCUCGACUUCCUCGAGCUGCUGAAGUGGGUGCAGCGCAACAUCGAGAACUUCGGCGGCGACUCUACGAGCGUCACGAUAGUCGGACAGUCCUUCGGCUCCGCGCAGGUCUACCACGCCGUCAACAGCGGGCUCUUCAAGGGUCUCUUCCAUGGAGCUAUUGCCGAGAGUGGCGUGCGAUACCCCUACGACACCCUUCUUGCCGGGCUCGCAGAUUCGUACGUCACCAUGCCGAAAGCUAUACAGAAUGGUCUCAACUACACAGCCUCGCACAAUGCCAGCUCAAUCGCGGACCUGCGCAAGCUCUCCACCGAGGAGAUCAUGGUCGGCUCGGGUGACCGUGUCACAGAUGCCGAUAUCUGGUGGGUGACUGCGCUCUCCUGCAUGUACCCGCUCAAAUACAAGCCCGUGCUAGACGGCUACGUCCUCCCUGAGAAGUACAUCGAUAGCCUGCGCAAUGGGCCGGCUAAUGACGUCCCCUUUAUCACCGGCAACAACAAAGACGAGAGCGGUGCUGCGACGUCGACAGACUACACGGCUAAGGAGUACCACGAGUACGCCAGUCUCAAGUACGGCAACCUCUCAUCCCGGUAUUUCGCUCUUUACCCCGGCAACAACGAGACGCAAGCGAGCCGGUCCUGGAACGCUGCGGCAAGAGAUACGUCGCUUGUCUCGUCCUGGCUGUUCGCGAAGGACUGGGCCAAGUCUGCAUCUAGCCCGUUCUACACAUACUACUGGGACCACGCCCCACCUAGCCAGACCCAGGGUGCGUACCAUGAAUCUGAAGUUUUCUACACCAUGGACACGCUGUAUGCGAACGCAGACGAUCACGAGUGGACGUGGUAUGAUUACCAUGUCGCGGAGAUCAUGUCCAGUUACUGGGUUAACUUUGUCAAGACGGGAGAUCCCAACCUCGGUGGAACUUAUCCAUGGAAAAACCUGACGUAUUGGGCUCCUGUGGGCAGUGGGAAGAAUGAGACGGUGUUCCAUGUGGGUGAUGGCUUUGGGGAGGUUCCGUUGGCCAAGCACGAGCAGGUGGAGUUGAUUACAGAGUACUUUUCAAGGCAGGUGCCAUACUAG